AUGGAUUAUUCCUACGACAACGUAGUCCCAAACUUCAGAUUGGACGGCAGAUUGGCCAUCCUCACAGGCGGCUCUGGCGGCUUGGCCCAGGUCAUCUCCAGAGCCCUCCUCGCUCAAGGAGCCGACGUGGCGCUUAUCGACAUGAACUUGGAGAGGACCCAGAACGCCGCCAAAGAGUUGUUGGCGUGGGGCCACGACACCUUGAAGGGCAAGCACGAGUCGCCUGUGGGACAGGUGUCGGCGUGGGCGUGCAACAUCGGAGACGCUGAGUCGGUAGAGGCCACAUUCACCUCCAUCAACGAGCACCACAACAACAUUGCCGACUUGUUGAUCAACAGUGCUGGUUAUUGCGAGAACUUCCCAGCCGAGGAGUACCCAGCCGCCAACGCCGAGGGCAUCAUGAGGGCCAACGGCUUGGGUGCGUUUUUCGUGUCGCAGUCGUUUGCUAGACCCUUGAUUCAGAACAACAAAAAGGGCCUGAUCAUCUUGAUCGGAUCCAUGUCUGGUACCAUCGUCAACGACCCACAGCCCCAGGCCAUGUACAACAUGUCCAAGGCGGGUGUGAUCCACUUGGUUCGUUCGUUGGCGUGCGAGUGGGCCAAGUACAACAUCCGGGUCAACACUUUGUCUCCUGGUUACAUUUUGACUCCGUUGACCAGAAACGUGAUUUCGGGCCACAGCGAGAUGAAAGAGGCCUGGGAGUCCAAGAUUCCCCAGAAGAGGAUGGCCGAGCCCAAGGAGUUUGUGGGCUCCAUUCUCUACUUGGCCAGUGACACUGCUUCUUCCUACACCACCGGACACAACUUGGUGGUGGAUGGAGGCUACGAAUGCUGGUAA